AACGCACGAGUUCCGGAUAUGAUUGUCCAUCUCCGUCAUCUGGUGGAAUAUUACACACUUCCGCAAGAUUAUCUCCCUUUGCACAAGUUUCAACCGGACGACAAGCAUGGCAGGGAAGCAACAACAAAUCGACGUUUCCCAGUUACCAGCGCCUCAACUGAAUCAGUUGACACAGCAGUUAGAUCAGGAGAUAGAAUUCUUUUCAAACUCAUUGAAUCAGCUGAAAUUGGCACAAGGAAAGUUUGUCGAGUCCCAGGAAUGCUUGAACAAAGUCAGUCCAGAUAAUCUGAGUAAAGACAUCUUGGUGCCUCUCACCAGCUCUAUGUAUGUUCCGGGGCAGUUGAGUGAUGUACAAAAUGUGUUGGUGGACAUUGGUACUGGGUAUUAUGUAGAAAUGGAAGUGAACAAAGGAAAGGAAUACUUCAAAAGAAAAGUGGAAUAUAUAUCGAAACAGAUUGAAAAGAUCCAACCUGUUCUGCAGGAGAAAUAUAGAAUGAAACAAGCAACUAUGGAGAUUCUUCAGAGCAAAAUCCAGGCGAUGAGUCUACAACAGCAAGGUCCAGCAGCAAAAGCUUGAAUAACCAGAGAUGAAUGAUAUCCCAUCCCUUGUGUGUCUGAUCUUUAUGUUGACAGUCCUACCUGUUCAUUUGCUUUGUGACUCAUCAUGUAUAUAAUGUAUACUAUGUAUUAAAUAUGCCAUGUUGUAAGCUCAAA